ACACAUUUUUUCAUAUUUAUUUGUUCUCUUAUAACUAAUAUAGUUGUAAUUAUUUUCUUAUUUUCAGGAGAAAAUUUAGGAUGUUUUGGAACUAGUAAAAAAAAUGCUUCCCAAAAUUCCGAUACUUUACAGGAGUACAAUAUUUCAACAGAAUACUUAAAAAGUUCUAUGACUUAUAACCAAUUGAAUAAGGGAUAUGAGCAAUUAUGGCAACCUGAAGUUGUUCAAUACUACUUGUCAUUAUUGCAAAGUUGUUCGAAUCCAGAAACACUCGAAGCCGCAGCAGGAGCAAUUCAAAAUUUAUCCGCAUGCUAUUGGCAACCUAGUAUUGACAUUCGCGCAACAGUGCGUAAAGAAAAAGGGCUGCCGAUACUUGUAGAACUUCUUAGAAUGGAAGUGGAUCGGGUAGUCUGUGCAGUUGCCACAGCACUGCGCAAUUUAGCUAUUGAUCAACGCAACAAAGAACUAAUUGGAAAAUAUGCAAUGCGUGACUUAGUUCAGAAACUUCCAUCUGGAAAUAUACAACAUGACCAAAAUACGUCAGAUGAUACAAUCACAGCUGUAUUGGCAACAAUUAAUGAAGUUAUUAAAAAAAACCCGGAGUUUUCUCGUUCCCUUUUAGAUUCAGGUGGGAUUGACCGUCUUAUGAAUAUUACUCGCCGAAAAGAAAAAUAUACAUCUUGUGUAUUAAAAUUUGCUAGCCAAGUUUUGUACACUAUGUGGAAAGAGCCAGAUUUUAUUAGUAAAAAUUUUACUGCACAAAGCACUCCACCAAGUUCACCAAACAACGCAAACAACACCCUCAAUAGACCUAUGGCAUCACAGGGACGUACUCGGUAUGAAGACAGAACCAUUCAGCGCGCAACGAGCACCUCGUAUAGGGCUAAAGAUUCUAGUGGAGCCGUUAUGUCAAAUAAUGAGUCUGCAUUACUUUCGGAAAUGGUUAGAAAACAAUUAUAAAAUGUGUUCUGGUUUAUUAAUGUUUAAA